GGGGACUUUCAGGAACUGCAGGCGCGGGCGGCGGCGGGAGUCGCCGAGCCGCGGGGGCCGGAGCGCCGAGAGCAGGGCUGAGGCGGAGCCGCCGCGCCGAGCCGAGCCGCAGCCGCCGAACCGCAGCCGGAGCCGUCCACCCCGCCGGCCCAGGGCCGAAGCUCCGCAGCGCGGGAGACCAGCCGACCCGCCGGGGCCGGGGAACCGCCCGCCAUGGCCACCAAGGCUCGGGUCAUGUAUGACUUUGCUGCUGAACCUGGAAACAAUGAGCUGACAGUUAAUGAAGGCGAGAUCAUCACAGUUACAAACCUGAAUGUUGGUGGAGGAUGGCUGGAAGGCAAGAACAACAAAGGAGAGCAGGGACUUGUUCCUACGGACUACGUGGAAAUUUUACCGAAUGAUGGAAAAGAUCCGUUUUCUUGUGGAAAUUCGGUGGCCGACCAAGCUUUCCUAGAUUCCCUGUCAGCCAGCACGGCUCAAGCCAACUCAUCCUCUGCCAACAGCAGUAACCAGGUUGCUGGUGGCAAUGACCCCUGGUCAGCCUGGAAUGCCCCCAAACCUGGGAACUGGGACAGCUCCGAUGCCUGGGGCACUAGGACAGAUGGGACUGGUGCCCAGAGGAACAGCAGUGCCAACAACUGGGACACAGGCUUCGGCCACCCGCAGGCCUACCAAGGACCAGCAACUGGUGAUGAUGAUGAAUGGGACGAAGACUGGGACGACCCCAAGUCCUCCUCACCUUACUUUAAGGACUCAGAACCAGCUGAAGCAGGGGGCAUCCAGCGGGGAAACAGUCGUGCAGGAGCCUCUUCCAUGAAGCUGCCCCUCAACAAAUUCCCUGGGUUUGCAAAACCUGGCAUGGAGCAGUACUUGUUGGCAAAGCAGCUAGCAAAACCCAAAGAGAAAAUCCCCAUCAUUGUUGGAGAUUAUGGCCCUAUGUGGGUUUAUCCUACCUCUACGUUUGACUGUGUGGUAGCUGAUCCCCGGAAAGGCUCCAAAAUGUACGGUCUGAAGAGCUACAUUGAGUAUCAGCUAACGCCCACUAACACUAACCGAUCUGUAAACCACAGAUAUAAGCACUUUGACUGGUUAUAUGAGCGCCUACUGGUUAAGUUUGGGUCCGCCAUUCCGAUCCCUUCUCUUCCAGACAAGCAGGUCACAGGUCGCUUUGAAGAGGAAUUUAUCAAAAUGCGUAUGGAGCGGCUCCAAGCCUGGAUGACCAGGAUGUGCCGGCACCCCGUGGUGUCAGAAAGUGAGGUUUUCCAGCAGUUCCUGAAUUUCCGAGAUGAGAAGGAAUGGAAGACAGGAAAGAGGAAGGCUGAGAAAGACGAGCUGGUGGGAGUGAUGAUAUUUUCCACCAUGGAACCAGAGGCUCCCGACUUGGAUUUGAUAGAAAUAGAACAGAAGUGUGACGCUGUGGGGAAAUUCACCAAGGCCAUGGAUGACGGCGUGAAGGAGCUGCUGACGGUGGGGCAGGAGCACUGGAAGCGCUGCACAGGCCCCUUACCCAAGGAGUAUCAGAAGAUAGGGAAGGCUCUGCAGAGCUUAGCCGCGGUCUUCAGCUCCAGCGGUUAUCAAGGAGAGACUGACCUUAAUGAUGCAAUCACAGAAGCCGGGAAGACGUAUGAGGAGAUCGCCAGCCUGGUGGCAGAGCAGCCAAAGAAGGACCUCCACUUCCUGAUGGAGUGCAACCAUGAGUACAAAGGCUUUCUCGGCUGCUUCCCGGACAUCAUUGGUGCCCACAAGGGAGCGAUAGAAAAGGUGAAAGAAAGUGACAAGCUGGUCGCAACCAGUAAAAUCACCCCCCAAGACAAGCAGACGAUGGUGAAGCGGGUUGGCACCAUGUCAUAUGCUUUACAAGCUGAGAUGAAUCACUUCCACAGUAACCGGAUCUACGAUUACAACAGUGUCAUCCGCCUCUACCUGGAACAGCAAGUGCAGUUCUAUGAAACAAUCGCAGAAAAGCUGAGGCAGGCCCUCGGCCGAUUCCCGGUUAUGUAGACCAGAACGGAACACAAGAGAACUCUGAAGUGCUUCUUUUUGACCUGGGGCAAUGCAAUUCAAUUUUCCUCCCAUCAU